GGGUUCAACGUCUCCAGUUCGUGAGUAACGCGUGCAAACCAAACUAUCAUCUCUAUGUGUUCUGUUUUUCACAGAAAAUGUUUGCAAAUUUUCAAUUCAUUUAAAAUUUUAACAAUCAAAACGAAAAGUCUGCCAUAAAAAAAUCUGUAUCGCAGCCACCGUCGCCACGAGGAGACCAGAAAAUCAUCUUAGUCAGCAGUCUGUGCCACGGACAUGGCCAUAUUUCAGCAAGAGAUCCAGUCAUAUUUUGCCACCCUUAAUCCGUUGGCCGAAAGAAUAAGUCGAGACUCUGGAAGUGCCAAGGACUGUCGAGCGUUGAGUGCUACGAGACAACAAGAACAGGAAAAUGAGCUGAAUAACUUUUUUAUAAAACCAGAAAUAAUUCUAAAGUAUGCAAAGUAUAAUCAUAUCAGCAAUACGACAACUACCUACACCUAUAACGGGCGUGAUUUAUGCACCUUUAUGUAUCAAAACGUGGCGUCAAAAACCUUGCACGAUGAAAACAUUAAAUACCGAGACGAGCAUUCGAGCCCAUUUAGUUACCGGACCAAAUCUCAAAUGAAUCUGUCUAUGAUAGUUACCCAGAAUAGCGAUUCCUCUGAGCCACCAGAUUCGUGCCAGCCAUUUAAAGCCACCAACUUUCCGAGUGGUUUGUUUUCAGUAAUCCCGACUUUGGAAAAGCUUAAUUCUAAGCCCGACAAUGAUGAACUGGAGAAUUCAAAGGAUGUGGCAAAAAUUUCAUCUCAGAAUAAUAUUCUAUCGAGGCGUGAUAGCCACAAAAACAAGAGUAUAUACGAAGAUACCGACACUGGCUCCGGGUGUUAUUUUGUACCGGAUGAGAAGACCAACCUUCUAUUAGAUCACUUCGAGUCAAAUGCCAUUUCAAACAGUUCGUCUACCGAAUUGUAUGAAGAUGAGAAUGAUGCCAAAGAUCUUAGUCAAGCAGAGAACACUAAGCUUUUGUCCGCGGAAGUGGAAAUACCCAAGGGAUUUGACUUUUUGAGCAACUGGUAGGCUCAUUAAGAAUCAAAUAAACAAAUUACUAUUUGAAAACGGUCUUUGAUAAGAAUAAAUUCCAAAAGCGACUAAAUUGGAUGAAAAAAAAAAUGUAGACCAAACUACAACCCCCUUAGUAUUACAGUUCACCUCACAUACAUACAUAUUUUUGUACUUUUGGGCGGCCUUUCGGGCCCUUCAGAUACUCGCAUCUCCUUUUAGACGUUACGAUAACCAUAUGAUAUAUUAAAAAAUAUUUUUAUGCAUUUCUAUA